AGGUGGCAGUGUUUCUUAUUUAAUAUUGCGAGCCAAUUCACCAGAGAAGAAGAAAACCAAAAUGGCGGAACGCGGCUACAGUUUCUCUCUGACCACAUUUAGCCCUUCUGGCAAACUGGUGCAGAUUGAAUAUGCACUGGCCGCGGUAGCUGCUGGAGCCCCCUCAGUCGGCAUUAAAGCUUCCAAUGGGGUUGUCCUGGCGACAGAAAAGAAACAGAAGUCUAUUCUGUAUGAUGAGCAGAGUGUUCACAAAGUAGAGCCCAUCACUAAGCACAUAGGCAUGGUGUACAGCGGGAUGGGGCCUGAUUACAGGGUUUUGGUCCGACGAGCCAGGAAGCUGGCACAACAGUACUUCCUUGUUUACCAAGAACCUAUCCCCACAGGCCAGCUUGUCCAGCGAGUGGCAUCUGUGAUGCAAGAGUACACACAGUCAGGUGGAGUGCGUCCAUUCGGUGUGUCGUUGUUGAUAGCCGGAUGGGAUGAAGACCAGCCCUACUUGUUCCAGUCAGAUCCCUCAGGAGCAUAUUUUGCAUGGAAAGCCACAGCCAUGGGAAAAAACUACGUGAAUGGAAAAACAUUCCUUGAGAAAAGGUAUAACAAUGACCUGGAAUUGGAAGAUGCCAUCCACACAGCCAUCCUGACAUUAAAGGAGAGUUUUGAAGGUCAGAUGACUGAGGAGAACAUUGAGGUUGGCAUCUGCAAUGAGGCCGGCUUCAAGAGACUCACCCCAGCAGAAGUGAAAGACUACCUGGCAGCCAUUGCAUAAGGACCCACCGCAUGCAUGGUGAUAGGGCUCAGUGUAGACAGGAUCGUGAAGUAGCCAGCAACUGCAUGAAAUUCAUUUCUCCUUUGUCAUUUCCAAGAUGAUUAAUGGCAUGAUGAUUUGGGGUAUGCUUUUUUUCCAAGUACCGUCUCAUCAACGCCAUACCAAAUUGAUAACCCAAUCUUAACCAAAUUAAAAUGAUGUUUUAUUACCCAAAUUGGUGUAGUGGUUUGUCACACACUAUACAUUUAAGAAUGUGGUUGAUGGCUACUGCACACGUCUACGUAUGUGUGCUUUUGAGUUCAACCUCAAGUCUUCCACUGACAUCCCUUGACUUACAUUUGAUGAAAGUGCAAAAUCAUUUGUCAGCGCUUGAUUUCAUUUUGCCAGUGGGAUACUUGAGAUGACCUCUCAUAAUAAAGUUGCUCGUACAGCGGUUUGACGUCAUUUCCCUCCUUUUCUGACAAGGAAGGAUACCGUUUUUUCUCUCUCUUAUGUUGGUGGAUCAGUUAUUCUUUGAGAUAAUAAAAAAAAUCCGGUUCGUAUUGUG